AUUUUUUUAAUCUUUUUUAUAUUGUUUUUUAAAGUAUUAUUAGUAUAUAGUAGAAGGAGAAAAAAGGAGGUUGAGAGCUUUUGUUUUGUUCUUACGGCCGUUUUAUGAAUCCUCCAAAGCCAAAAACAAAGUCUUCCCUCUCACACUUUGCAAGUUUCAAUCUAAAAAGAAAUUAAAAAAAAAAAAGAACAUGGGAAGCAGAAUCUAGGGUUUGACAAGGUCUGUUUUUUUUUUUUGUUGGUAUUUUCUCCUUGUUCCUUCUCUUCUUGGUCUUCUAUGUUUUGGGAAAAAAAGAGGAAAAUUUGGUUUAAAUUUUGUUGAAAAAGGUUCUUGUUUGGUCUUUGGGUUAUCUCAAAAUUGAAAUUUGAAUGACGGGUCUUUUUUAAUUUUUUGUUUCCCUUUAAAGAUCUAGUAUUUUAGUGAAACUUUGUUGAUUCUGUGGUAUGUUUUUGUUUGGUUAAUUUUGGAUUUGGGGGAUAUCAGGGGUUUGUUUAUUGGUUUUUGGACAUGGAGGAGGUUGAAGAAGCUAACAAGGCAGCAGUGGAGAGCUGCCAUAGGGUUUUGAGUAUUUUAUCUCAGCCUAAAGAUCAGAUUCAAUAUAGAAAUUUAAUGGCUGAAACUGGGGAGGCUGUUUUUAGGUUCAAAAGGGUAGUCUCUCUUUUAAACACUGGUCUAGGACAUGCAAGAGUGAGGAAGAUGAGGAAAUUACAGACCCCUUUUCCUCAAAGCAUCCUUUUAGAUAAUCCACACCAUAAGGCUACAACUGAUAAUCCAUCCAAGAAUUUGCAGCUUGGUCCUCUUUAUUUAGGGAACAAUCACCAAACAGCCCAACCGGCAUCAUCAGGACACCAUCAUAUGCUUCAACAACAACAACAACAGUUUAGACAAAGAUUACAGCUCCAACAACAGCAAAUGAAGCAUCAAGCUGAGAUGAUGUUUAGGAAGAGUAACAGUGGGAUUAGCUUGAACUUUGAUAACUCUUGCUGCACACCUACCAUGUCAUCAACUAGGUCUUUUAUUUCUUCCUUGAGCAUAGAUGGUAGUGUAGCUAAGUUAGAUGGUGGUGGGGGUUCCUUCCAUUUCACUGGAGGGUCUCGUUCUUUGGAUCAAGGUCCCCGACACAAGAAGAAGUGCUCUGGUAGGGGUGAAGAUGGGAGUGUCAAAUGUGGAAGUAGUGGUAAAUGCCAUUGCUCCAAAAAGAGGAAACAUAGAGUGAAGAGAUCAAUCAAGGUGCCUGCAAUUAGUAACAAGCUAGCUGAUAUUCCUCCUGAUGAUUAUUCAUGGAGGAAGUAUGGACAGAAGCCAAUCAAGGGUUCUCCUCACCCUAGGGGAUAUUAUAAAUGUAGCAGUAUGAGAGGUUGCCCUGCCAGAAAGCACGUGGAGAGGUGCUUGGAAGAGCCAUCCAUGCUUAUUGUUACCUAUGAAGGUGAACAUAACCACCCAAGGUUACCAUCGCAAACAACGACAACAUAGUCUCUCAGGGGACCUAGCUAAGAUCGCUUCCUAGUGUUAAUGGUUAAAGCUUGAGUACAUAUUUUACAUGGUUUAAGCAUGGGGUAUAUUGGAGCAGUUUUUUUUUCCUUGGCAACCAACUUUAAAACCAAGUGCAAGAGGACCAAAAAGAAAACAAUUGUAGAAUUGGGGGGUUUAACUUGUAAGAACUAUUUUCAUCUUUCAUUGCAAUUAAUGCUUCAAAAAGGGUUUAUAACUUUUUGAAUUGAAUGAAACAUGCCAUCAAUUAAAUCCA